AUGUCCCUGUCACACGUACUUCUUAGCACACCUCUGUCAGCACGUUCAGUACCUGUCAGCACAUCCCUCGCCAAGGCAUCAUCCUUUCCAAGCACAUCCUACAUCCCUACAAUCCUCUCUAGUCCGUCUUCCUUCGUCUUCGUCAGCACUUCCGUCGUCAGCCUGGCCUUCUCCAACCCGCCCUUCGUCAGCGCCUCCUUCUCCAACCCGUCCUCUGUCAGCCCGUCAUUCAUCAGCCAAUCCUUCGUCAGCAUAUCCUUCAUCAGCCUGUCCUUCGUCAGCGCCUCCUUCUCCAACCGCCCUUCGUCAGCGCCUCCUUCUCCAGCACGUCCUCUGUCAGCCCGGCAUUCAUCAGCCUGUCCUUCGUCAGCGUCUCCUUCUCCAACCCGUCCUUCGUCAGCCCGGCCUUCAUCAGCCAGUUCUUCGUCAGCGGCUCCUCCUCCAACCCGUCCUCUGUCAGCCCCUCAUUCAUCAGCAAAUCCUUCGUCAGCGCCUCCUUCUCCAGCGCCUCCGUCGCCAGCCCUCGUCAGCAAGGAUACCCACGUCGUCCGGAUGCUCCCCAAGGCUGCAAGAACCACAAUGUGCUCAAUUAAGAUACCUGAGGAGAUGCUUGGCUCUCUCUCUCCUCGGCAGGUGAUGCUGUGGAGAGCUGAUGCCUUUCCUGUCGAGUCACGCCAGAUAAAGAGUACAAUCUCUGGUGUAACCGACCAAUACUUCUUGUUUAUAUUUGGUGUUUAUCGAUAG